UACAAAGGAAACAGACAGUGCAAGAUCUCGUAGCAUGCCAAUGUCACCAUCUGAUUUCUUGGAUAAGCUAAUGGGUAGGAUGUCGGGCUACGAUGCGAGGAUCAGACCAAAUUUCAAAGGCCCUCCAGUUAAUGUCACAUGCAACAUAUUUAUAAACAGCUUUGGAUCCAUUGCAGAGACAACCAUGGAUUACCGAGUGAAUAUCUUUCUUCGUCAGAAUUGGAAUGAUCCACGACUUGCAUAUAGUGAAUAUCCAGAUGACUCUUUAGACUUAGAUCCAUCCAUGCUGGAUUCAAUUUGGAAACCAGAUUUGUUCUUUGCUAAUGAAAAAGGUGCCAACUUUCAUGAAGUUACAACAGAUAAUAAGUUGUUGAGAAUUUUCAAAAAUGGAAAUGUACUUUAUUCCAUCAGAUUGACUUUAAUACUGUCCUGCCCAAUGGAUCUCAAAAAUUUUCCAAUGGAUGUGCAAACAUGUAUAAUGCAGCUGGAAAGCUUUGGAUACACAAUGAAUGAUCUCAUUUUUGAAUGGCAAGAAAAAGGAGCAGUUCAAGUAGCAGAAGGUCUCACCCUGCCACAGUUUCUCUUGAAAGAAGAAAAGGAUUUGUGUUACUGCACCAAGCAUUACAAUACAGGAAAGUUUACAUGUAUUGAAGUCCGAUUUCACCUCGAGAGACAGAUGGGUUACUAUCUCAUCCAGAUGUACAUACCAAGUCUCUUGAUCGUGAUUCUCUCCUGGGUGUCAUUUUGGAUCAAUAUGGAUGCAGCUCCAGCCAGAGUGGCUUUAGGCAUAACAACUGUACUGACCAUGACAACACAAAGCUCAGGUUCACGAGCAUCACUUCCAAAGGUGUCAUAUGUCAAAGCAAUUGACAUCUGGAUGGCUGUGUGUCUGCUCUUUGUAUUCUCUGCACUUCUGGAAUAUGCAGCUGUAAAUUUUGUGUCAAGGCAGCAUAAAGAACUCUUGCGAUUCCGACGGAAGAGGAAGAAGAACAAGAUUUCUGUAAAAUCUUGCUUUUUUUUUUUUUCACUACAGGAUGACGAUGCACGGGAAAGUCAGUUCAGUUUUACAGCAUAUGGAGUGGGGCCAUGUAUGCAAGCAAAAGAUGGAGUGGCACAAAAGGGGCCAAAUAAUCCUGCUCAAGCUGCACCUAAAAGCCCUGAUGAGAUGAGAAAGGUAUUCAUUGACAGAGCCAAGAAGAUAGACACAAUUUCCAGAGCUUGUUUCCCAUUAGCCUUUCUGAUUUUCAACAUUUUUUACUGGGUAAUUUACAAAAUCAUAAGGCAUGAAGACAUUCACCAAUAACAAGAUUGAGGCUUGUAGUCCAUAGAGAUCUGUCUGCCAUGGUCAACAGGAGGCUUUCUGUAACAAACAUGCAUGUGAGGAGUGACUAGGAAGGCAAAAAGCACUGACGAGGGGAAAAAGAGCCUGCCUAGCUUGAAAUGCCCAGUCACAGUGCAAUGGAAGAAUGAAACCAGAGAAGACAUUUGCAACUGCAAACUUUCUGGAUCAAACUAAACAUUAGCAACUCAUGUAAAUCACUCUCUACUCAAGAUUUACUGCCAAGUGUUUAUACAUACUGUUACA